AUGGUUUCUGCUCACCUUAUGCUAUACCUAAUAGGUUUGACGGGAACAUUCCAGUUAAUUAGUGGAGUGUUCACACACUCGGGACUUCUACAGAUGUCGAUGGCUUCGUCAUUAUUUUCUUUGAUAUGUUUGAUUGAAAAAAUGGGCCAAUAUCAAAGUUCUGGCACGACGCUUUUGUUCCGUGCUGGAGCCCUUGUUGUAUAUAUUGCAAUGUUGUUCAUUAAUUUUUCUCAUUGUCUGGAAGAAAUAAGCGACUUUGGAAAUUUGCAAGUCAGCUCAAAUGAAACUAGCGGUGACCAUACUCACGGACGAGUGAAUCAAAGUUUGAUGAUUAUAUUGCUGUCGAUUUCUUCUAAUGCGUGCGAUUUCAUUUUUAAAUCAGUUUUCUGUUUUUUCAUUCCACCAAUGGCCAUUCAAGCUGCGUGGAAAAACUUCAUCGUACUUGCUCUUCCAUCAAUCAGUAUUAUCGCGAUUUUCGUAUUUGAAAAGCUAUGCGAUCAUGAUGUUUUGGACCUUUGGGUCAGUCAUCAUUUGGAUCCUUUGAUUGCAGUGGUUCUCACGCUCAUAUCAUACUCUAUUAUCAUUCCAUCACUGAUUUGCUUGAAGCCGUAUCUUCUCGCGGACAAUCCUCCAUUGACACAAUUUGACAUUUCUGCGAUAGAAUCGACCUUGAAACAAGAGCUCCCUUCUCUCGUCAACUUCUCACACGUUCACGCAAGUCUCGAAUGGCCGAAAAGCUUCAAAGUCACCAUGAAGGCCCAAUUGAAAAUUUCAAAGACGGAUCCAACAUGGGUUUCCAAAGCUGCUGAUUCAUUUAAAGCCUGUAAAGAACGUGUGCACGAUUUAGUCAAGAAGGCUGGAGCCAAUAAGGUUGUCGUUGAGCCAAUUUUUGUUGAUCCGGAGGAAGAUUUGGAUGAGAGAAACCAAACAAUUUGUAUUGAUCGCCGUUGUCAUGCAAACGAUGUUGGAUGUUGUACUGUUCGUCAACAAUCAACAGUCAUUCCAUAA